AAACGAUCAACAUGGACACCCCACUCACGCCGACAAAGCAAAGCGUCGCCUCGGGCGACCUGGUGCUGCUAAAUCCACUCGACCCUGCUGCGAUGGGCGUUCGCCCUUUUGGGGCCGUCGUCGCUGUGGCAAUGACGCUCAACUACAUGAUUGGCACGGGGUGCUUUGGUCUCCCCUUCGCGUUUGCAUCGGCGGGGCUGGGCCUCACUGCCACGUUCUUGAUCCUUGGGUUCGCGGGGGCCCUUAUCACUAUGAACUACACGUUGGAAUCCAUGGCCCGCGCGGAGGGGAUCGUGUCGCACACCACGGUCGGCAACCUGCCUGACAACUGCCUCACGUACCGUCGCAUCAACUUUAGCGAAAUCGGUGGCCUCUUUGCACGGGACAUGGGGUACCACAUCGUGCAAACCGUCAUGCUAUUCUACUGCCUCGGCUCUCUCUGGGCAUAUGCCUCGAUUUUCGCGUCGUCGAUUGCGUCCUUCGUGUUUACAUAUGCGUGGGGCGAGUCGUGCAACGUCUACGCCAUCGACGCUUCCAUCCCCUGUAUCGACAUGUACUACAUCAGCAUGGCGCUGUUCACUGUGCUUGUGGUUGUGCUGGUCCUCAUGGACAUGGGCGACCAAGCGAUGAUCCAAAAAUUCCUGUCUGUGUACCGCAUCGUCGCUCUGUCCGUCAUGCUCGUCACUCUUUUCAUCAAGCUAGCCCACGACGGCAAGGACCUGGUCGUAGCUCGCGUCGCCUCUCGUGGCGAGUGGGCAUUCAAUUGGCACAACUUUAGCGCCGGGUUCGGACCUACGCUGCUCGCUCUCAACUGCCAGUACAACAUGCCCACCGCACUACAGCCACUGCAUGCCUCGGAAAAGCUCAAGGCGCGAAAGAUCACGUUCAUUGCAAUGACGGUGUCCGCGGUAUUUUAUCUCUUGCUGGGUGUUCUUGGGGCCAUUGCGUUCGAUGAAGUGAACCCACUUGCCAGUUUGAUGUGGCUGGACUACACUGGGUGUGGAAAUGGCUGGUCGCGGUGCCCCCCGGAGUCACCGGCGUGGAUCGGUUUAGUUGUGCAUGUCUUGGUCAUCAUGUUCCCCGUGGUCAACAUCACGUCGACGUACCCCUUAGUGGGUCUAACUGUCGGCGGCAACAUCUUGACCUCCCUUCCGAAGACAUGGACCGCGCCGAUGAGUCCGUCGCGAGCGUGGAUGCUUGCUCGGUUGAUGGCCACACUCCCCCCACUGGUUCUAGCCGCCCUCUUCAAGAAGCUCGAUGCAAUAUUCACCUACGCUGGGUUUCUGGGAUUUGGUCUCGGUCUCAUCAUCCCAGCCUGGUUUCAAGUCAUUGGGAUCAAGUAUUGCAGGCGAACGUUCAAGUCGAACUUGGCAGCGAUGACUCCGUUUGGGCUGCCCUUUUUGAGUUCACUGGAGUUUGCGACCGUGUUUCUGUACUUGUCCUUUCUCGUCACGGCCGUCGCGCUCGUGUCGUUAGCAUUUUAAUUCUAACCCUACAUCGAUGCACAUCUUUUGAA